GGUCAACAUCCACCGGUUCUGCGCCAUGGGUGUGGCUGGCGAGUUAAGGCGAUCCUUCUUUGCGCAACGUGCGCAGCCCAGAGGCCGCACAGGUCACGAGAGCGGCAGUUCCCAGGUGAAAAGUUCCAAGUCAGGCCACCUUCCAUCCCAAGGUCCAGGUGGAGGUAGUUCCAACAACAACCGUCCACGAAGUCGGCGAGGGGAGCGCCCAGAGGUCGAUGACGUUGCUCGGGCGUCCUACCGGGGAAGGAGCAACAGGGCAUCCAGCCGUUCACGACGGACGCCCUCGACAGCAAGGUGGGUCGUGAAGGCCGUGCCCAGCUGCAGCUCCGCGCCAGCAGAGGCCGAGCCGGCAGCGCCGGCGGAAGCCUGUGAGCCAACAGCGCCACAGGAGAGCGGCCUAGAAGCAGGUCCUGGGUGCCAAGCAGCUGAAGAACCAGCAGCCGAGGAGGUCAGCGAGACUCACGAAGCUGGCAAAGCUCCCCGGCAGAGGAACCUGAAGCACAACAAGGUGCUGAACGGACUCGGACCUGAAGGACCUGAACAGUUCGACCUUGCAGCGUGUGAUACCGACGACAAUGAGGAAUUCUUCCCUUCAAGAGCUGAUUCUGAUACCACCGAUGGAUGAUAAAUCCUUUGAUUUUAUUAUCGAAAA